AUGACCCCACAGCGGCAGACGAGGAAAGAGGUUGACGAUGGAUACGGCGUUGUCACUCAGAUAUGCCAGAUUGCCAUUACGUUUCGCCGGCGGCCGAGCGAAGUUUGCCGUCACAUUGUUUGCCUCAUUUCUGUUGGGUUUCCUAGUCAGGUUGCGCACUUCUGCAGCCGUCAACGUAAUCCAGAGAAAAGGAGUGAUAAGCAUGUCAGCGGUCAGCAGGUGUUCGGUAAAGUGUUUAGUCGUGCGUCGAAGUGUACCUCGUUUCAGAUAUCGAAGAAUCGGCCUCAGGUAACGGCGGACAACGAGCACGAACCAAAUCCCGACCUUCAAGCACCCGCACUUCGACGGCCAAUGCUAGUAACGUCAUCGCAUCCAGCGAAACAGCAACUAUCCCCAGUUUUGAAAGUGCGUCAUCCGAUAGUGAUUCUUUCACCUGCUACAUACGUCUAG